AGUGAUAAGUGCUAGUACUAUUUUGAAAACAAUAUGUCAGGAACUAGGACUCAGGUUGCGGACUCGUCAACCUCACCACCUUUGAGUGAAAACCGUCGAUUGGACUAUUCGGGUUUGAAAUUCGCAUAUGCCGACGGGUCAGAUGAUGAGGGCCCGGCUAUGACCCCGGAUCUGCCAUCAUGCGUGUAUGCGGCGGCUCGUACUAGACUCCAGCUGCCUCUUGCAGCAUAUGUUCACCAGCACUCCAGGCAAUUGCAUGCAGAUGCUAUUUUGGAGUCUUCCGUGGAGCCUGACUACCAGUGCGGUGGUUCGCCGUACCGCGUACAACGGGCGGCUGCCAACGUUCGCGAGCGGCGACGGAUGCUGAGCAGUAUAAACUCGGCGUUCGACGAAUUGCGUGUGCAUGUGCCGACUUUCCCCUAUGAGAAACGGCUAAGCAAGAUCGAUACUUUACGGCUCGCGAUCGCAUACAUUGCGCUUCUAAGAGAGGUGUUGGAUGCUGAUUAUGAUCCCCUUACAUACGUUGAGAAGUGUCUUCGGGGUGAAAUCAAGGCCGAUAGAGCUCAUUGGAACACAAGUGAUUUGACAGCCCGACUUUCUUGGAUCAACUGGGAAAAUCUUGGCGUGAACCCGCAGAGAAGGAGCGUCCUAGCAUCACUCGCACUCAGUUCCGACAAUCUACAGUAUCCUCAUAAUUAACAGUAUUGUAACUAUGGACUAGUAAUUCCACUUUGCGCUCAUCAUCGUUUCAGUAGGUUUAACGGCUAUCGAUACGCAUUGCUGUUAGUACAAAAUUAUUGUUAGGCUAAGGACAAAGAUGUAGCGGAAAAACGCGUGCGGAAUUUCGCUCGAAUGUGUCUUGUGGAAAUGUUAGAACAGCUUCAUAACUGCGCGGACAAAACGCGGAGAACUUAUGCGCGCGGAAUUCCACUCGCGAUUUCCCCCCUGAUUAUAUUCCCUGGUUUUAGGUAUGUGAAUAGGUAGUAGGUACCUAGUAUGCCCGCAAUUUCAGCAGCUUUGUUAAAUAUUCGUUUUAAAUACGAAUGUACUAUUUACAUUAGAGUAACAAUAACGUAGCUCAACUAGGAAACAUCCAAUUAUGUACAUCAAUAGGAAUAGUACAAAUUUCACAGUAUUUAGAUAAAAUAGCUAUAGGUAAUUCGCCUUAAAGCACUGCCUGUAUCAAAUAGGACAUUAUAUAUACAAUUAACAUACCUGAAUUAUAUAUAACUAUCCGAUAUAGAAGAUAAUAGAUAUAAGUAUAGUGACUUAAAUAAUAUGUUCUUCCAAAUAUUGGGCCAAUGUAAUCACUAAUUAGCUAGACCGUACAUUUACAUAGUAUAAUAAUAAUAUAUUAUAGUGAUCUCAUAACAAAGAAAUAGUACCUACUAGGUACCGUUGAUGACGGAGGAAUCUACAGAUACUUACUGUACGUACUUACUAUGAUCGAUUUUAGGAAAGUAAUGUUUAAUUAAUACGAAAUCUGAGAAAGUUUUAUGAAGGGACAGAAAAUAGUCAAGAUGAAGUAGCUAUACGAUUAUAAUAUAGCAAGUUUAUUUAUUACUACAUACAUAGAUGAAGCCUGCGAUUUUUGAGUUUUUAAAAAUCCGUGAGAACUCUAUGAUAUCCCGGGAUAUAAAGCACCCUAUAUCCGUCUCCGGAAUGCAAGCUAUCUCUGUAAUAAAUAGAUGAAGUCACGACUUAUUUGAUUUGAAUUUAGGACUGUAGAUUUUUUUAACCCAGGAGGAUGUUAGUUUUACCAGAAAGAUAUUAUAUCAUUAAAUUAAGUUAAAUUAUUAGAUUUAAUUUAUUUAAUCUAGUCAGAAAGUGCAAUAUAGUUUUAAGUUUAGGCUUCUUAUAAUUGAGAUUUGAGACUAAAAUUAUGGGCAUCCUUUUAAAUUUUAAUGCGAUCACCGGGGCCCUAGCACCAAAGUUCUUCAUUGUACGCGUGUGACUUUACUUGACUGAAAUGCUUUGCAAUAAAAUAAUAAUCAAACUUAUAACACCCCUCUUUUUGGGUCAGGGGUUAAAAAGAGAUCGUUGUAGCAAGAACACCACAAGUUCACCAAUAGCAAUCAUAACUUUGGUGCUAGGCCGUCAACUGUUUUUUAGACAUAACUAAUUUGGCUGAGUCAAUAUUAUCAAGUUACUGAAAAGUAAAACAAUUUCGGCGAAAAAUCGCAAUAUCAUAUGUGAUUAUACGU